AUGAACACAUCAUCACCGGAUUUUGAAAUCUCCUUCAUGUCCUUGAUGGAACCCAUCAAGGCCCAACUACGUCACCAAACUACUUCCAACUACCAACUCACAGUUACUGGUGCUGGAACUGACAACAUUAUCAACUUUAUCAAAAACACGAUUGGAGCCGACAAGUUGGCAAAACCACCAACAAGAUCCAGAAGCAACAAGCAUCGCCGAUACCUCACCGAUAUCGUCAUUGGUGUCCAAGAGAACGACGAUGUGAAAAAUCUACUCCUAAACCACUCGCCAGAUUUCCAGGUCCAACUACUGGGUCUCACACGUCUCAACGUCAGAGUCACCGAUGCUGCCCCAAAGAGAGAGAAUCUAGUCCCUGCCCUCAAGCUGUGGACAACUGCCGAACCAAACUUUUCAAGAAUGUCAACCUCCCCAAAGGGCUCCAUCCUCACUGGAUACUACUCUGAAAGCGAGCUGUACCUCGAAAAGGACAAACCAAUCUCUACCGCCAAUAGCAAAGCAGUUGCAACCGUCUCUGUCCCCACUACUCACAAGCAGUACAGAGAAAAGAAGAUUGAAAAGGUCACCAACAACAUUGUCAACCAUACCAACAAGAACUACAAUAAGAACAGAAAUAGAAAUAGAAAUGGAAACGGAAACAAUCGUAAUAAAAGACCCAGCGACGAGCAAACACUCCAAGAGGAAGAGAAGGUCAACCGAGCAGGUAACAAUAAGAACGUAAUCAAUACCCCACCUGCCGUCGAUCAAUCAAUCUCUAUCAACGUCGCCUCACCAGCUCUCAGCCCCAUCGUCUUGCAUGAUCUUCCAGCCCAAACCAGCGACUCACCCAACCCCAGCACCAUAGCAAACGGUCCACCAGCCACCGCCAAAGACCCUCCAGGCACUGCCAACGCCCCUCUGGUCAUUGACAACACCAGUGCUACACCAUCUGCUGCCACCCAAUCUCCACCCUCGACCGACAACUCUAAUGAUGAAUCAGACCAAUCCAAUGGAUCCAGUGUCACAUCUAAUGUGUCCUCUUCAUCAUCAGAGCCCAGUGUAGAUGGGAUCGACUCCCCAUACAAGCCACCAGCACCACCACGCGUGUCGAUUGCAGAGGCCAAAGAGCUCAUCAAGCAAGAAAAAGCUCGCGAGGCUCUCAAAAAGAAAUCACCCAUCAAGCAAGUGACUGGCUCGAUCACCAACUACUUUACACACAUCCCCAGAUUUGUAAAGCCCGCCGCCAAACCAACCGUCACCACAUCUACCACAUCCACCACAUCCAAAUCCAACAACAAUGUAUCCAAAGUGUUUGAUCCCAAGGUGCCCUCCACCAAUAGAACCGUAACAGGAGGACCCAAGGGUGCUCCUACCAAAUAA